ACAUGAUGCAACUACCACCAUGCUUCACUGUGGGAGUGUUCUUAGUACAAUGAGCAGGGCUGGGUUUCCAGGAAAACGUUGUGCCUUGGGUUCAUUUUUGUUCUUAUCAAACCAGAGAGUCUCCUGGAUUUAAUAUGGCUCGACACUUUUCCACGAAGCCCAGCUUUGUGGAGUAUUAUAUGGUUGUCCUAUGAAAACAGCUUCUCCCCAUCAGCACUGUGGAUCUUUCCGGGUCCUUUAGAGUUUCGCUUGACCUCAGAACUCAGCAGUGACUCAUAACAGAGUGUUUAUCAAGAUUGAUUUAUUCAAUCAAGAUAGCUUAAAUAAAACAUAAAAAACCAAGUGGCUCGCUCUCAGGAGAGGAACAAAAACAUUGCAACGAUUAGUUAUGUAACCAGCCAUUAAUAAUAACAGUUGAGUCUGUAGCAAGACCCACUGCACUCUUGGUAUCCUAAUAUGGUUAAAGGUUUAUACUAAAUAAACGUUUUCAGCUAUUUCAGUAUUAGCAAGUCUGCUGUAGUAAUGGAAGAAUUGAAUAAAUAUACCGUACAUGUUUCCUUACAGAAACAAAAAGCACAAAUUCUAUGUAAUCAUGCAGCCCUAAGUGCAACAUUCAACUCCUCAUAAGUCAAAUAACUGUAAAUAUCAGAUAUAUAACAAUAUAAAAAUCCGAUGUUGCCUUACUGUGAUAUCCAGAUAGCUUUCACAAAGUGUGGAUGAGCUUCUGUGCCAGCUCUGAUAGCCCGAUGGAGCUGUAUUUAUAACCCUGAAAGCCCCCUCCCUUUGGAGUAUCUGCCCACCUACAAAAAAAAACCCCCACCGUACAAGCUGCACCGCAGCAGAUUAAACAAAGUUAAUGUUAAAAUCUCUCGAUACGGCCUUCGGUGAACUUCAAGAGCAGUAACGGCACAAGAAAGAGAGUUGUGGUAAACAAUUCAGCCCAGGCUGUUAUGGAGCCACUGAACGAUUGCAUCUGCUCCAUCAACAGGGUCUCCGAAGCCCUCGUUGCUGCAGACGUACAUCCCAUUACUGGACACUGCUCCAACUACGACUACAUCAGGCAGGAGAUUGUGCAAGCCCGGUGGAGUUUGCAGCACUCUGAUCAGGCAGCCACGGCGUGUCUGAGGUGUCUGGAUGAAAGUUUGGAGACUCUUACACAGGACGAGGGAACACUCGAACGGCAGAAGAAUGCUGCACAGCGUAGUCUGGGCGACUUGAGAACAAAGCAGGCUUCGAAUGAAAAGUUACUCGAAGAAUCUCUGGGAGCUUUGGAGCAGGCCAGGACUAACCUGAGGUCAACAAGAGAGACACUUGAGAGUCAGGAAAGAAGGGUACAAACUGCUAAGACAGUCGGACGUGUAGGGCUGGGGCUGUCUGUUAUACCGUUUGUUGGAUGGGUUGUUGGUCCCGCGUUGGUGAUUGGUAGUGCGAUAGAAAUGGCUGAAGCGUCACAUGCCAUCGAAAUCGCUGAAGAGGAGUUGGAAAAGUUUAAGAAUCGAGCGGAGAAGUACGCACACAGAGUGCACGGCCACGCGUCCGCGAUUUCCCGGACGACGUCGCGUAUCGGCGAGAUCGAUCGUACGCUGACGCGCCUCCGCCAGGAUAUCCACGUGGUGAAAAAGCAGAGGUGGUUUGUCGCCGAGUCGCAGAGGAAAGCGAGGAGCGCCGUUCACCUCCUGAGCGUCCUCAGUGGGAAGGUCGGCGUAUUCGAACGACAGACUCGCGUAUUCGUCCUCCACGGGUCCGUGGUCAAAGUGAUGGAGGAGUUGAUGAAGUCGACAGAAGAAAUCGCGGGGAACGAGCUCCUCUGUAACGGAGGCAUGGCGAGACUUCUCCAUAAGAUGAGGGAGAACAACCGACGCCUGAGAUCCGUCUGCGCUUCACAAAAUACCGACGCAGACGAGCGCUUGCUUCUGAAAUACAUCUAACGUGUCGUUUGACCUACUUUCACUCGGCAAAAUAGCACCGGUCAGCAUUAACCGGUAUUACACAAGCACCAGGAGUGAAUACAGACGUGUGGAGAUUUACAUUAUUGAUGUUUUUUAUGUUAGCAUGAAGCUCUGUGAUCGGCGGACGUUAUACAGUAUUCUCGUGUGGAAGGGAUAUCUUUAGGAGAAUACUCAGUGAGAAUAUGUGUGUGUGUGUGUGAGUGCUGUGGUUUCUGUAAUCAAUAAAAGCUCAUGAUGUGUCAGCGUUUUGUCAGCUAACAAUAUGCAGCAUCCGAUUAUAGACCGCGGUCUAAUCAGUGUCGGUAUCUCUUCAGAAUACUGACCGUAUUAGAACAGGCCAAGUUGUUAAGUACAUUACAGGUCAAAAGUUUAGACUCACUCAUUUUUUAUUUUUAUUUGACCACAUUUAGAAUAAUAAUAAAGUCAUCAAAACCUUGGAGUAACGCAAAUGGAACUA